AUGCAUACAUUAGCUGACGGUAUCAGAUACAUUCUCGUCACUGGCGCCACAGGCUUCAUUGGCGCCCAUGUAGUCGACAACCUUCUGGCCCGCGGCUUUUCAGUUCGCGGGUCAACACGUUCCGCUUCCAAAGGCGAGCAAAUGAAAGCCGCCCGGCCACAAUACGCUUCGAAGCUGGACUUUGUUGUCAUUGAAGACUUUACGCAGAUUGGUGUGUUCGACAGUGUCAUGGAUGGAAUCGACGCAGUGAUCCACCCAUUCUUUUAUGAUACAACAAACAACGAGCAGCAACUCAUUCUUCCCGCCAUCAACGGCGUUAAAUCCAUUCUCUCCGCCUCAGCAAAGCCAACCAGCAAAGUCCAACGCAUAGUCCUAACCUCCUCGUUCGCCGCCGUCGUCGACGUGGACACCACCCCUCCCCCGGGGUUCACAUACAAAGCAGCCGACUGGAACCCACUUACCUACGAAGCUGCAAUUUCUCCAGACGCAACCUCGGUAAUCGCAUACCGGGGAUCGAAGAAAUUCGCCGAACUAGCCGCGUGGGAUUUCAUCAAGAACGAGAAGCCGCAAUUCGAUCUCGUCACGCUCUGCCCGCCAAUGGUAUUCGGUCCCAUCGUCCAUCCCGUUCCUAGUCUCGAUCAGCUAAAUGAGUCGAACGCACAACUAUGGACUGUUGCUGCGGGCGUGCACCCGCUUCCGGGUGCACGCGUGCCAGCAUGGAUUGAUGCACGAGAUCUUGCUGAAGCGCAUGUCCAGGCUCUUGUUACGCCGGAGGCUAGUGGAAAGAGAUUCAUUCCUGCUGCGUCCGAGCCUUUCUCGUAUGAGUAUGCGGCUGAUAUUAUGAAAGAGGCUUUCCCCUGGGCGAAGGAGUCUGUCACUAGCAAUUAUAUGAGCGGGGUGAAGCCUAGAGCGGAGUAUGGUGUUGAUGGAGAGACAGUGGCGAGGGAGCUAGGUGUCAAGUAUCGAAGCUUUAAGGAGACAGUUGUAGAUUUGGCUGGGCAAGUUAAGGAGACACUUGUUUGA